AUGGAUCGAAAUAAUUCGAAAGAUGGUUGUGUCUCAGCCCACAUGCUGCAGUUACUUUAUGCAUAUCUCGUUAAUGGAAAUAUGGAGUUGAUCGAUACUUGUCUUCGUGAUUUGCGUAAUUCAGUUGAAAAGAGUGAAUCCAACAAUCAUCAAAUUCAAUUCAAACUGGCAAAAAUUUUGGGUGGAAUAGGUGAAAAAGGUUCCACCACUGCACAUUAUGCGAAAAAUUUACUGGAUAAUGCAAUACAACUUUGGAGAAAAUCGGAAUAUCUUGCCGAAAAAGUUCAAAGGCUUAUGCAUUAUGACGAUUUUAAAACAGCAAAACCACUAGCUAUUGAAGCAUUACAAAUAGAUUCACAACCUGAGCCUCAGAUUUUACUUGGGAUCGUUCGGUGUUUUCUGGCUGAAAAUCAGAUUGAAGAUGCUUUAGCUCAACUAGAGUUUGUUCGCGUUACUCAUCCAGCUAUUUCUCAAUCAUCUGCAAUUGUUUUAUUAUUUGUCAGCUGUUGUUGA